UGUGAAAAAUUAUACCUUUGGAAUUAAUAAGAAAUUUAUCAAAUUCAACUAAUUGAAGCCUAACACGAGUUCUAGUUACUGAACAGAAAUAUGGACAGACUUCUUAGACUUGGAGGAGGUAUGCCUGGACUGGGCCAGGGUCCACCUACAGAUGCUCCUGCCGUGGACACGGCAGAACAAGUCUAUAUCUCCUCCUUGGCAUUGCUAAAGAUGUUAAAACAUGGCCGUGCUGGAGUUCCUAUGGAAGUUAUGGGUCUAAUGCUUGGCGAAUUUGUUGAUGAUUACACCGUCAGAGUGAUUGAUGUGUUUGCUAUGCCACAGUCAGGAACUGGUGUCAGUGUAGAAGCAGUUGAUCCAGUGUUCCAAGCCAAAAUGUUGGAUAUGCUUAAACAAACAGGAAGGCCUGAGAUGGUUGUUGGUUGGUAUCACAGUCACCCUGGCUUUGGCUGUUGGCUUUCUGGUGUGGAUAUCAACACUCAGCAGAGCUUUGAAGCCUUGUCGGAGAGAGCUGUGGCAGUGGUUGUGGAUCCCAUUCAGAGUGUAAAAGGAAAGGUUGUUAUUGAUGCGUUCAGAUUGAUCAAUGCUAAUAUGAUGGUCUUAGGACAUGAACCAAGACAAACAACUUCAAAUCUGGGUCACUUAAACAAGCCAUCUAUCCAGGCAUUAAUUCAUGGACUAAACAGACAUUAUUACUCCAUCACUAUUAAUUAUCGAAAAAAUGAACUGGAACAGAAGAUGCUGUUAAAUUUGCAUAAGAAGAGUUGGAUGGAAGGAUUGACACUUCAAGAUUACAGUGAACAUUGUAAACACAAUGAAUCAGUGGUAAAAGAGAUGUUGGAAUUAGCCAAGAAUUAUAAUAAGGCUGUAGAAGAAGAAGAUAAGAUGACACCUGAACAGCUGGCAAUAAAGAAUGUUGGCAAGCAGGAUCCCAAACGUCAUUUGGAAGAACAUGUGGAUGUGCUUAUGACUUCAAAUAUUGUCCAGUGUUUGGCAGCAAUGUUGGAUACUGUUGUAUUUAAAUAAAACAAUGCAGAGAGCUGUCAGUGACACUCUCAGUCUGCUUUCCUUCAUUGGCCCUGUUGCUCACAGUCAGGGGGGCCUCUGCAGGUGGCGUGGUGGCACUGAAGUCACCUGGGCCACCUCCAUCUCAGUUGCUUCUGUUUAUUUAGUCCGAGUUUCCCAGAUUCCAAAGUUGUUCAAGAAUACAUCAAAGUGGACAAAUUUUGUUAAAAUCCCAUUUACUAUUUGAAAAAAUCAGUAGCACAAAUAUAUUUUGAUUGUUGCUUACAAAAUAAAAUACAUUUACAAUCCA